CCGCCGAUCGACUUGCGGCGUCGCGCUGUAAACGUCGCACUGUGGAGUGUCCUUUGCGGCAGGCGUCUGCGUCUCCCUGAAGCCGGCGGUCGUGAAUUGAGACCGGGGAGCUGACAAGGACGCUUCUGUAGUGCGCCAUGCCUUUCUUCGAUCUGCAGAAGAGGCUGGGCAUCAGCCUAGAUCGGCACUUCGUAUACCAGAGCUCUGAACAGCCCUACAAGAUUCCCUCUCGAUGCCAUGCUUUUGAAAAAGAAUGGAUAGAAUGUUCACAUGGAAUUGGGGCUACCCGGGCUAAAGAAGAGUGCAAGAUAGAAUAUGAAGACUACAAAGAAUGUUACCUUCGGUUCAAAACGUUGGCACGCCUGGAGGAAAUCAGACAACGGCGGAAUAAGCUAAUCAAGGAGGGGAAAUACACCCCUCCACCUCACUUCAUGGGCAAGGGGGAGUCCCGGCCCUGAGCAGAGCAGGUGGAGGCUGCUUGUCAUGCUGCUUUCCACUGGGAAGGAAGUUUAACGAAAGCUUCUUUGUCCAGCAUAUAAAAAUAAAGAAUUACUCGAUUUUA